UCCAUGCCAGUGCAGUGGUGGUGACGUUUUAGUCAAGUGACUCGUAUGUCACUGUUUCGUGUGCUUCUGGAUUUGGCUGAAGAAGAUGGCGGCCUCCUCAGGAGUUAAAGUUCCACGCAAUUUUCGUUUGUUGGAAGAGCUGGAAGAAGGACAGAAAGGUGUGGGCGACGGCACAGUCAGCUGGGGUCUGGAGGACGACGAGGACAUGACACUGACACGGUGGACGGGCAUGAUAAUCGGCCCUGCAAGAACUAAUUAUGAAAACAGGAUAUACAGUUUGAAAGUGGAGUGUGGACCCAAAUAUCCCGAAGUACCACCGACUGUUAGAUUUGUAACAAAAAUUAGCAUGAAUGGAAUAAAUAAUUCCAAUGGAAUGGUGGAUGCACGGAGCAUACCAAUUCUAGCGAAAUGGCAAAAUUCAUAUAGCAUUAAAGUUGUUCUUCAAGAGCUACGACGUCUAAUGAUGUCCAAAGAAAAUAUGAAGCUUCCACAGCCGCCAGAAGGACAGUCGUACAGCAAUUAAUUGUAAAUGAUUGUUUUGACCCCUCUGUCUUAAACCUUACUCUCUUAGAAAUGUCUUGUUAAACGGAAAAAAAAACAUUAUGAACCGCUCACUCCACACGUUAAGGAAUCACAUCAGCAAGAGCAGGACAUUGGACUUUUCUGUUAGUUAGGCUGACGUCAAGAGUAUGAAAAGAAGGAAAAGAAGAAAGAAAAAAAAAAAACAGGAAUGCCUAUCAAGUCAGGGUACCAUGUGACAUUCUGUUUUAAGAGACGUGCACAAAUGUAUCUCUUUUUUUGAUCCAGCGCUUUUGACCAUUAGCUUUAAAGUUGACAAGAUAUUUCGAGUUGACUGAGAGCGUGAGACAUGUCUCUGUCCCUCAGCCACGGGUUCCGUUUUCCUUUUUUGUUCCCAUUUGUUUUCCAUCGAGCAUCAUUUUAGGUUAAACUGACUAUUCACCUAAACUAAACUAAUUAGGUUGUGUGUAUGAUGGCAUGCUGAAAACUAAUACAACACAUAGUUGACAAUGACAAAGCUGCAUAAUACAUUGUAUAGUAGUGGUAGUGGGUACAUUGAGAUCAGAGAAGUCUUCUAAACAAAAAAAAAAAACAUAAUAAUUUGAAGUGUGCCUGUAGUCCUCUAGUAGUGUCACAGAAUAGUGAAGGUUUUUUUUACUUUUCUUUUCUUUUUUUAAAAAAACAAUAAACAACCAAGGUCUGUAUUUGACACAAAAGCAAUUUGUUCCUGUGCAGCAGCUUUUUUGACAUGUAACAGACGCCCUUUUCUGUUCUAAAACAACCCUCGCAUUUAACUUCUAGAGACAAAUGACAGGUGUAUCAAAAUGUGACUUGAGAUUAAAAAUCACUCUGAGA